AAUUCUAUUUCACAAUUACAUAAAGUUUAGACUGGGAUAUACAAAAAAUUCGUUCAGUUAACGUCAGUGAAAAGCAUAAAAAUACCCAAAUAAGACAGACAAAGUGUAUUUAAACAUACAGAAACACUCUUAAAGGAUUAUAUUUAUCAUCAGCAAGGAAAUAUAGAAACACUGUCUCAAAAUGCAGCCAGCAGCUAAACCGAAAGAGGGAAAACAUAAGAAGACUAGGGCAUCGAAGACAAAGGCCGAAGGAGGCGGCGGGGGCGAUGCUGAUGACUUUGAUGCCUGGAUGAAAUCGCGUCAAUUGAUCAAACCGGAUGAUCAAUUGGAGCUAACAGAUGCCGAGUUGGGGGAGGAGGUUACCAAGGUGCUGACACCGACGAAUACGAAUGUGGUUCGCAAUUUGGUUGUGUUUAGUUUCAAGGAAGGCGAAUUUGUGCCCGCACCUUUGCCGGGAAAUACUGUAACCUUGAUCAGUUUUGCGGGUAAUUCCCUUCAUGUUGACUCCGAGGAAGCGCGUAUUCAGAUUGAGGAAUCCGAUGAGAUUGGUUAUCCGCUGCCAAUGCCCAACUAUUCGGUGGUGGAACAACGAGAAACCAUUAUCGAUGGGGAGGAGGAAGGCGAGGGCGAAGGGGAGGAGGAUGAGAAAAGCGAAAUGGGCGGUAAACAAAGUGCCGGCGAUGACGAAGAGGCCGAGGAAGAGGAGGAUGAGGAAGGGAAACAGACAGAGGGGGAUCAAGGCGGCACAGAAACUGAGGCGGGAGUAGACGAUGAGGAUGCUCCAGCUGGCGUCCAACAAGUGGCUGCCGCUCCAGGCAAGAAACGAAAGCUUAUCAAUCAAUUCAACUAUUGUGAACGAGCUACCCUGACCUAUGUCAAUCCCAAGCGUAGUGUGGAUACCCAAACAAUUCCACCGCCAAGAUCACAGUUCGGAGGCACCGUCCUCCAGUGGAUCAUCUACGACUCCUAUCAGGAGGACUAUGAGGAGCAGCAAAAGGCAAGCGGACGCACCUCGGUUAAGGGUAAAGCCAAGAAGAAUUUCAAAAAGAAAACAGCUCUGGCGGAGCAGCUAAACCGUAAGUAUCUGCGAUGCUGGCAGAUUCUCGAGCGGAUGAUAAAUCAAAACAUAUACGAUGAUAUCGGCAACGACUAUCGCUACUGGGAGGAUCCGGCUGAUGAGUUUCGCGAAGGCGAGGGAAAUCUUCUGCCACUGUGGAAGUUUCAAUAUGAGAAGACCAAGAAAAUGAACGUAACAGAGAUCGUUUUUAAUCCAGCUUAUUAUGAUCUAUUUGCCGUAUGCUUCGGAUCACAUGACUUCCUAAAACAGCCCAAUGAGGGAUAUCUCUGUCUGUUCACUGUCAAGAAUCCAUCGUUUCCCGAUUACAUAAUUCAAACAGAUUGCGGUGUCAUGUGCUGUGAUAUACACCCGAGCUAUCCCUUUCUGAUAGUUCUGGGACUCUACGAUGGCAAUGUCUGUGUCUAUGAUCUGCGCGAUGGCUGCAAGGAUCCCAUGUAUGAGUCCAGAGGAGUCAAUUGCAAGCACGGCGAGUGUGUCUGGCAAAUACGAUGGGGACCCGAUAUGAGCGAUGGUGAAAUCAAUUUCUAUUCCGUCUCAUCCGAUGGCUGUGUCUUCCAAUGGAUUCUCAUGCAAAAUAAACUGUGGGUAACGACCAUAAUCACACUCUACCUGGAGAACGAGGUGGCCGAUGGCCCGGAUGGCACAAAAGUAGUGCUCAAGACAGGCGGCUCCUGUUUGCAGUUCCAUCCGUUUGACAACACCGUGUUCCUGGUUGGCACAGAGUGUGGAUUCAUUUACAAGUGCAGCACUUUGUUUAGCUCCAAGUAUCUGAUGACUUAUAAUGCCCACAAUAUGUCCGUCUAUCGCAUCGACUUUAAUCGCUUCGACUCCAACAUAUUUGUCUCCUGUAGCGGAGAUUGGCGUGUCAAGGUCUGGGAGGACAUGCGUCCCGAUCCCCUCUUCAUAUUUGAUCUGGGCUCUGCUGUCGGAGACAUCAAAUGGGCACCCUAUUCCAGCACAGUCUUCGCCGCAGUCACCACGGAGGGAAAAGUGCAUGUCUUCGAUCUGAAUGUGAAUAAAUAUAAGCCCAUCUGUGUCCAGGCUGUGGUUCCCAAACGGAAGAAUAAACUCACACGCAUUGCAUUCAAUGAGAAGCUUCACUUUAUUGUUGUCGGCGAUGAGAAGGGUGUUACCACCUCCCUUAAGCUCUCGCCCAAUUUGAGAGCAAUGGUUAAACCACCAAAGAAGCAGCUCUAUCUCGAUCAAACCACAUUGCAGAACGCCAAGCUAGAGAAGCUUCUAUCCCUGGUGCGGGAGUUACCGGAAGGUGCCGUCGUUCCAGAUGCAGCAACCACAGUGCGCAGUUAGAAGCUAAUGUUGGAGUAGUAUAUUAUGAUGUAUUAUAUUUUGAUAAGUUAUCAAUAAUGCAGAGGUCUUUAUUUCACAUA